AUGGCCGACGGUACUUCGCCGCAAAACGACACACCCAACACAAAAGCGCCCGCCGACCACCGCAGCACCGUCGAGCGAUUUCUCGCCAACCUCUUCGCCGACCGCUUCCUCUCCGACAGCCCCACCACUCCAAGUGACUCUGCGCCUUCACCAUCCGCCAGACCCCAGGUUGCCUUUCUAUCCGCCGAGGCUGACCUCUCCCCAAACGACGACCCCAGCGAUAUUCGUACACGCUCUGCUCCCGGUAUAGGAACCCCGCAAGGCCAUAUGGGCAGCCGCCCGACCGAAGUCGUCUUUUGCGUCGAAGACACGGUGGGCUUGAAAGGCGAUAAGCUCAGUGUCGGUGUUGUUGACCGCUGCUUCGGCGAUGUCGACAGCCAUUCUCCGCGCCCGCAGCGUGAUUAUGGCGAGGAUAUAGAGCGCCACGAGGAUGUCUCGGCCGACGACUUCGACAAGUUCAUGUGGAGCGGCAUUCCUCCGAAAGGCACCGUCCUCGUCUCCUGGCAGACCAAAUACAAGACAGAAUUGAUACCCGAGGCGAAGCUUGAGCUACUCGACAGGGCCUUGUAUGUCGGCGAUGUCGUCAAGCGCACCUUCAAAGAUCCCAUGAGCGGCACGGUCAUCGGGACCAAGGCUGUGUGCACCCUCUUUCCAGCAACCAUGUUCAGCCCCACCACCCUCAUGCUGAAUAUCAGCGAGGACCACUCGAUACGUGUUGUGCCGGCAGAAGAGCUCAUCAACGUGCACGAAUACGUCGAAGGAGCGCUAGUCGUCUACGGUGACUGGGUGGGUCGUGUAGACCAGGUCUUCGAUGAGGUGGCCAUCAAGCUGUCGAACAAUUCAGUGGUCGUGGUGGAAGAUCCGGACGACUUGGAGUACGAGGACUUCAUGCUCGAACGGUUGAGUGUUGGGGACACUGUCAAGACAAAGAAGGGCAACUUGCGGAGAGGUCGCUGGAGAUACGGCGCCUUUGACCCCAAUGUGCGCCCCGAAGGAAUCGUCGUUGAGACACGAACGAUCUGGAUUGACGUGCGAUGGCUCACAAGAAGGAUCGGCCCCGGCUCCCAGGAAGAACAUGAGGAACCCCCUCCACGCCUCUAUACUGAUGAGAUGGAAGACCCCAGCUUCCGCAUCUACGACGCAGCACGUUCUGCCGACGUUUCGCUCCCUUUUGCAGCCAACGGCAGCGACCGAUCCUAUCAGGUCGCAGAGGUAGCUGUCGGAGAUCGCGUACGCUUCAAGGACAUCGCAGGUGCGGCAGUCAAAUACGAUGGCUCAGUAACCUUACCAAACGGCUAUCCUCAGGGAAGGGUAACACGCCAGAUGCGCACUGAGACGUUGGGCUACGAUAUGAACGUGUUCCAUGUAAUGCAGACGCAUACCAAGGUUACCGUGCAAUGGCAGGAUCUCUCCAUUACCGAAGAUUUGAGCCCCUCAUUGAUACCUGAUCCUAACGUGGAAGAUGACGAUGAGGUUUGGCCAGGAGAAGUAAUAUGCACGAAGGAGCAGGCCGAAGGUCCCGGUCCCGAUGUACCCUGGACAUUUAGGCCUGCGAAGGUUGGCAUCGUACAAGCUGUCAAGUCACACGACCGGAUAGCAACUGUUCGAUGGUUCGAGAACCCUACCAUCCAAUUUCUAGACGAUGACAUAAUACCUCCAUCCGAGACCGGGAAGCUUUCAGAAGCCACAGAAGAUGUUAGUCUUUAUGACAUACGGUCAACGCCAAGCUUGACGCGCCGACGUGGUGACUUUGUGCUUGUGCAUCCCGACUCUGUCGACCCUGAAGUGCUCAACAAUCUAAAAGGACCUUCAUGGUUCGGAGAAGUAAUAGACCUGGGAUUAGAUGGCAAGAUCACGGUCAGAUUGGGUGCUGCAGAGCCGAUUGUGGAUGUUCGCGUACCGGCUGAACGAGUCACACUGGCAUACAGCAGUGACAUGGAUAAUCUUGGUAUGGAGGGCUCAGAAGACGAUGACGAAGAGGACUCGGAUGAGGAAGAGAGCGUCUCUGACUUCGAUUCUGCAUCUUUCAAUGAGAUGUGGAUCGAAUAUGAGGGCAUGGAUGGGGAGCCCAUGGAGGGUAAUGAAGAGGAUUGGUCUACAGAAGAUGAGGAUUCCGAUGGUGACACUUCAAUGCCCGAUGUUCUUCGUUUAGACGACGUCCCAACCUCGAACACCACCCCAGAAACACAUUCCGACGCUGAUCAGAAAUCACCUCCGAUCCCAGAACAACAGAAGAAUGUGCCUCCGCCAGUAGUCGAAGCCAUGAAUGCAGCAACGCAUCCCCCUACUGAAGAUUCGUCCUUCACCGGGCUCGAGUCUUUCUUAAUUCUAGAUACCCCACCACCAUCCGGCCAUAACUAUAUCAACAAAAGUCCAACGUCCUCUUCAGCAUCUAUGCGCCGCAUUGCCAAGGAACACAAAAUUCUCCGCAACUCGCUGCCACCGGGAAUCUUCGUCCGCACCUGGGAAUCUCGUAUGGACCUGCUCCGCGUGUUAAUGAUCGGCCCGGAAGACACUCCAUAUGAGUACGCUCCUUUCAUCAUCGACUUCCACCUCUCGUCCGACUACCCGCAAUACGCCCCUGAAGCCUUCUUCCACAGUUGGACCAACGGCAAUGGCCCCGUGAACCCUAAUCUAUACGAAGACGGCAAGAUCUGUCUGAGUUUGUUGGGCACGUGGCACGCAGAUGAGCGCAACGAGAGUUGGACACCAGGAAAGAGCACAUUGCUCCAGGUGCUGGUGAGUAUUAUGGGUUUGGUGCUGGUCAAGGAUCCGUACUACAAUGAGGCGGGAUACGAUGUCCAUCGCCAGGCGCAGGAAACGAGGCCGAGCAGUGCGCUGUAUACCGAGCGCUCCUAUUUUCGGACACGAGCAUUCAUCGUGCAUGCACUCACCAAGGACGUCGCGCCUUUCGCCGAGGAACUGAGAUACUUGUAUCGGAAUGAGAGCGAAGGUGCACCGAGGCUUCUCGACAAAGCCAUCGAAGCGUCGAAAGCGGUGUUAGCGCGCAGUGCACAGGAUGACAACGAGGAGCGCGACGGUUUGAGGCGAAUCAGCCUUGGUGCUACAGUCAUGCUUAAGAGGCAGGUGGAGAAGCUGGAAGAACUGAGGUCGAAGGGCGAGGCGUAG